AAACAUCCCCUCAUUCCUCAAUCCUUGGGCUUUCCGUAUUGCUCCCCAACCGAAAGAAAAGAAUAAUUUCAGCCGGCAAAUAAGAAAAUCAAUGCCACUUACACACGAUGCUGCCGCGUACAAUCCCCUAUGGACGCUGCCCUCCCGUCGUCGCCUCUCCCCCAAUCCACCCAACUGUUGCAGUCUUUUCCCACUUUCCUUCAUCAUCCUCGUCUUUAGAUGCUACUAAUGAUAGUGACAAUAACAGUAUCCGCAGCAACAGCAGGGGCCGCACAUGUCUACUCCCUCUGUUUCGCUUGUCGAGGAGCGGAGGAGGAAGGCUCUCUCCCCUGAAUGCCUCCGUAGAGAGGGAGAAAGAGGAAGAGAAAGAGGAAGAGGAAGAGGAGGAGGAAACUGGGUUUGAGAUCGACCGGCAGAAGGCCCGCGAGGCGCUGCGGAAGCUCGAUCAGCAGCUGCAGAGCCUCUCCCAGCCGGAAUCCCUCCCAAAGAAGAGGCCUCCCCCUGCUCUUCCCGGUGCUUACUAUUUUACAUUGGCUGAUUCACUCACAGUCAGAAGGCUGCAAGACAUUUCGGUCGAUUGGCUUGUUCUCUGUAAUGAAUUAGGCACGAAUGAUGUGCUAUUCCUUCCUGAAAUAUGAAGUUUUGGCAAAGUUGCAGACAAAGCAAAAGUACCUAUCCAUUUGAUGUGAAGUUAUGAAAUUUGCUGUAACUCCAUUUAAGGAUAAAUUUCAACUCCCUCAACACUGAACAAGAGAGGUAGUAAUUGGAUUUGAAUGUCACAAAAUCGUAGCCAACUGGACCUGUUACUACCUUUUUUUUGCUCAAAUUCACAAUAGAGAAUUGAAUCUCUCGAGUUACAAUGGGUUGGCAUUUAAGUUUGCCCAACAAAUGUGUCGUCCAAUUAGUGUUAGUGCAUACGACUUGCUUGAGAUUUCUGUAGUUCAUGGUUCAAUCUAAAGGUUCCAUAAUUGACACUUUCAUGUUUAUGAAAGCUAACUUAUUUGAAACCCGAAUCUUUCUUGAAGUUCCGAACAUUGGUAUUGGAUCAUGUUAUGGUCAAGUAUGUAACUCUUUUGUGAUACUCCUACUGCAAAACAAAAAUUCCCCUUUUAUUUUA